AUGACUCUCGCACGAGGAUCCAAGGUGCUCUUUUUGGACUCUAUCAAGCUCGCAAAGACACAGCUUGCCGCCUUCCAGAAGGUCGCGACCGUUGUUCCGAACACAAGCACCACCCGGGAACAGUUCAUCUCCGACCUUGGGACAAAGUACAAAGAUGUGUCUGGCAUAUACCGCCAUUUCAAGGCGUCCGAGUCUAUCAAAAUCACUGGACGGUUUGAUCAAGAGCUUGUCUCCAAACUGCCUCGAAGCUUGAAGUUUAUCGCUCAUAAUGGCGCCGGAUAUGACCAGAUCGACAUCCCAGCCUGUACCACCCGCAAUGUUCAAGUUUCCAACGUCCCCACCGCCGUCGACGGCGCCACUGCCGAUACCGCUAUCUUCCUCAUCCUCUCUGUCCUUCGCCAUUUCCCACUUGCCCUUGCCCACGCCCAAGCUGGCACCUUCAAUUCCGCGCUCCCCUUGUCAAACGAUCCCAAAGGCAAGGUACUCGGUAUCGUCGGGAUGGGCGGUAUAGGCAGUGCGUUGGCGGUGCGAGCGAAGGCGCUGGGGAUGCAGGUGGUCUACCACAACAGGAAGAGGGUGGAUGCUGGAAAGGAGAAGGAGCUAGAUGUGCGGUAUGUGGGCUCUCUGGAGGAGCUUCUCAAGACGUCCGACGUCAUCUCCCUCAACCUCCCCCUCACGCCUUCCACCCACCACCUCAUCUCCACCCCCCAAUUCGACCUCCUGAAACCCACCGCCGUCUUGAUCAACACCGCCCGAGGCCCCAUCAUCGACGAAACCGCCCUGAUCCAGGCUUUGAAAGACAACAAGCUGGCAGGCGUGGGGUUGGAUGUGUAUGAAAAUGAGCCCAAGAUACCGAAGGAGCUUUUGGAUGAUCCGAGGGCGGUGUGUUUACCGCAUGUGGGGACGGUGACGGUGGAGACGCAGGAGGAGAUGGAGGCGGUUUGUUUGAGGAAUUUGGAGACGGGGUUGAGGACGGGCAAGAUGGGGUUCGUUGUGGCGGAGCAGAAGCAGCUGUUGGAAGAGUAG